UAGGCGUUCCCAGAGGCCGGUUCCCUAGAGGGGUGGCGCGCGCUCCCGGCCACUUGUGCGACGGCGCGCGCGGGCGCGGGGCUCGCUCCGGAGUGUCAUGUGGGGGCGGGGAUCCGAAGCUCUGGUUGCGGUGGCCUGAGGGGCCUGGGCCGCAAGGUCGACGCCUGUGGCUGCAGUGGCCGAGGCCAAAGGACCUGCCGCAGCUCGGUCGCCGGGGAGGGAGGGCCCCGAUGCCGUCGCCUUCUGGCCGGUGCCCGCCCUCCUUCCCGCACCCACCCCACCCUGGGACUGAGCCCUGGCACCCAAAAUGAGGGAGCCCCACAUUCGCCCGUCUUCCCCGGCGGUGACCACUCCACCACAUACUGCCUCCACCCUGGCACCCAUCUUUGCGGCUCUGGAGGUGAAACCAGCUCAGAGAAGUGAUGGGAUUUGCCCCAGGUCUCCCACCUAGAAAGCCAGAGCUAAGGACCUAGGUCUUGGCACCUGACGAUGGGGGUUGUCCCUCUCUUGUGUGAAGGACAGAGUCCCUGGACUGCCAGCUCCCUUGCCAGGGAGGAGGAGUAGAAGUCCAUCCACUGGGGCCUGAGUGCAGCCUGGGGGACAGGCUGUUGGUCCCAAGAUGCCUCUGCCUGAGCCCAGCGAGCAGGAGAGUGAGCGUGUGAAGGCCGGUCAGGAGCUGUCCCCUGAGCCCCCUGGGACCGGCACUGAUGUUAUUCCUACAGCCCCUGUGAAGCUCCAGGAAUUCUCUGAUCUGGUUCUGCUAAUCGCCUCCACUGAGAACGGGGGUGGGAUGGGCUCCCUGCCCAAAGGAGCGCACUGCGUCACAUCCCUGGAGAUGUCUGGCCCCGACACCAUGGCCAGGACCCUCCAGGUCCUGCCAGCAGAGGAGCAGGGAGGGCCAGUCCAGCCAAGCGCCCGGGCCUUCGAGCAGAAAUACAACAAGCCAGACACAGCAGACCCCAAGCCCCUGGAGUUCCUGAGGACCCCAUUCGGGGGCCGCCUCCUGGUGCUCGAGUCCUUCCUGUACAAGCAGGAGAAGGCUGUGGGGGACAAAGUGUACUGGAAGUGCCGGGAGCACACUGAGCUGGGCUGCCGGGGCCGAGCCAUCACCCGAGGUUCCCGGGCCACAGUGAUGCGGGGCCACUGCCACUCCCCUGACGAAGAGGGCCUGGAGGCCCGGCGCCGGAAACAGAAGCUGCGCGGUCCAGUCCUGCCAGAAGGCUCCGGGGGUCCUGAGGUCCUCCAAGGCCAGGUGGAGGAGCCACCCAAGGGAGUGGGCCCACCAUGGCUGUGCCCCAAGGAGCCAGAGCCUGCCCCUGGGCUGGUGCCAAGCAUGCCUGCUCCAGAGAGGAGUGAAGGGCUGCAAGCCCUGUCGAUGCUGAGCUUGCCCUUCAAGAAACGCCGAGCAAUAAGGAUUGGCCAGCACCCGCUCUUGGAGUUCCUGAGGACCUGUUAUGGGGGCAGCUUCCUGGUGCACAAGUCCUUCCUAUACAAGCGCGAGAAGGCUGUGGGGGACAAGGUGUACUGGACGUGCCGGGACCACACGCUGCACGGCUGCCGCAGCCGGGCCAUCACCCAGGGCCAGCGAGUGACUGUGAUGCGUAACCACUGCCACCCACCAGACAUGGAGGCCCUACAGGCCCGGCGGCAGCAGGAGAGGACCAUGAAGAUGCCGCAGGCCAGGCCAGGUGGCCCUGGGGGCCAAGUGGACAAGCUGCUUCAAGGCGCGGACGGCCUGCUCCACUGCAGGGCACCCGGCACCACGACUCUCACCAGGCCCCGUCCCAGAAAGCCCACAAAGCCCCAGGCCCUGCAGGGAUCCCCUACCGAGGACCAGGACAAGGGCCUGGGAGGCCCUGAGUUCCUGAGGACCCCUCUGGGGGGCAGCUUCCUGGUGCACGAGUCCUUCCUCUACAGGCGGGAGAAGGCCGCCGGCGAGAAGGUGUACUGGACGUGCCGAGACCAGGCCCGCAUGGGCUGCCGCAGCCGGGCCAUCACCCAGGGCCAGCGAGUGACUGUGAUGCGUAACCACUGCCACCCCCCUGACCUGGUGGGCCUGGAUAUCCUGAGGCAGCGGGAGAAACGCCCUGGUGCGGCCCAGCGGGGAGUUUCAGGAGGCCCUGAGUUCCUGAGGACCCCUCUGGGGGGCAGCUUCCUGGUGCACGAGUCCUUCCUCUACAGGCGGGAAAAGGCUGCCGGCGAGAAGGUGUACUGGACGUGCCGAGACCAGGCCCGCAUGGGCUGCCGCAGCCGGGCCAUCACCCAGGGCCAGCGGGUGAUGGUAAUGCGCAGGCACUGCCACCCACCGGACCUGGGGGGCCUGGAGGCCCUGCGGCAGCGCGAGAAUUCCCCCAGCCGAGUCCAGAGGGAAGGUUCAGGAACCCCCCAGCCUCUGGAGUUCCUGAGGACGUCCCUCGGGGGGAAGUUCCUGGUAUAUGAGUCCUUCCUCUACAGGAAGGAGAAGGCCGCCGGUGAGAAGAUAUAUUGGAUGUGCCGGGACCAGGCCCGGCUGGGCUGUCGCAGCCGGGCCAUCACCCAGGGCCAGCAGGUGACCGUGAUGCGCAGCCACUGCCACAUGCCUGACCUGGUGGGCCUGGAGGCCCUGAGGCAGCGGGAGAAGUUCCCCAGUGCAACCCGGCAGGAAGACCCAGAAAAGAUAAAACUCCUGCCUACAGUUCAACUGUGCUUCAAGACUUGUUCUCCUGAAAGCCAGCAGAUUAAUGGAAAAGUCAAAGAUAUAAAGCCCAACAGUGAUUCUCAGUGAGGCCAGUCUCUUCUCCAACUCAGAGGAACCUCAUGUGUCCCCAGCUUCAAGGAUGUUCCGCAUCUACACGGCACCCCGGCAUUUCCCACCUGGUUAGCUUCUGCUGGACAAAAGCCCUUUUCUGCUCUCUGAAAGCAUCAGCGGCUUUCACGCUUCGGAGAGGCCACCCAGGAGGAAUGCUCUGAUGUCAUCUUCGUGCAAGCAAACAAAAGUGCCAGAAGCUGGCAGCUUACAGGUGUGGGUGAUGUGGGGAAGGCCUGACCUCCAAAAGAUCUGAAGAAGCAUCUUUUGACAAAAUCACUCUUCCCUGUCUGCCACCCAAAGCCACAAAUACCCAUCUGUUUUCACAGCACAAGACUUUGCCAAGGACUUUCCAGUUGGGUGUGGCCCUGCUUUGGCCAAGGAACAUUUGGGGAACUUUCUGCUUUUUGGAGCUGAGCUGCCCUACCUAGCUCCAGCCACUCAGGUGUUUUCUAGACAGGUGCCAGGUGGGCCUUUGUGCCCCUUGGCCACCUGCUGCUGGGGUGCAGUGAUCACUGAGAGUAACAGCAGGCCAAACAAGAGGCCCCAUCACACACACUGCCCCACUUUCUUUCCCUCAGUUUUCCACCUUAAACCCAGCGAUCCCCACAGCAGGUGUUCCUGGCAGUGGAGGCCAGCCUGGAUGUUCGCAGAAAGCCAGCAUGGGGCAAAUUCUACCUGGCUAAGGCCAGCAGUGUCCUGGCACCUGCAUUUGUCUGACGCAGGAGGAGAGGCAGAUGUGGAUGGCAGCCGAAGUGCAGUUCUUUCUCUCUGCAGGUAACACAGCAGAGACCUGCCCUAACAGGUUCAGGGGAAGCAGGCUGAUGUCCCCCUGGGAACGCCAGAGGCUUUCAUGCUUGCUAACAAGUCUUCAUCUUCGACAGUGAGACUCCUUUCCCUCAUUCUGUAAUUGCAGAGGGAGCGCACAUGCAGGCUCUUUCUCUCCUGGCAAGCCGACCAUGGAGCCUGCCAUCCCACCACGAGACAGUGACAUCUCGGAGGCCCCUCACUGCCCCUUUGCUUGUUCCUUUCCCUCAAUAAACCUUAUUUUAUAUAUCUCA